GAAAAAUUAAGAGAACAAAUCUAUAGGAGCAUUUUUACAAUUAAUUCGAUAAAGGUAUGAUGUAAAAGAUAAAGCGAAAUGCAUGCAUUUGAUAGCCAGUGGUUUUGCAAGUGUGCUUUUAGAAGUCAUUUUCAAAUUGAAUGUCGUAGAUGAAAAUGAUAGAAUGGAAGCAUUUUUAUUUUAUAGGGAUCUUUUACAAUACGAAUAUCAAAACGCAGAUCGAUAAUUAAGAAAAUCAGAUGAUUAAUUAGAAUCAUAUAGACUCAUCAAAUUAUUGCCUAAUUAACUAUAUGAACUUUUUUUGGAUGAUGGAGAUGAAACAGCUAUAUUUAGUAAUUUUAGCAGAGAAUGGAGCACACCAAAUUUAAUCUGGACCUAAAUGAUGAUGAAAGAAAUGUUGCUUAUUUAUAUUGAAUAUAAUAAUCAAAUUUUGAAAAAGCUCUCCAAUGAUUAUGGAUAGAUUUUCCCCAUUAAUUCCCCAUUAUUUCCUGAAUAACGGAAUGAAACCUUUGUUGAAAAUAUGAUGCUCAAAGAGUAUAAUCUCCAACCAAAUUGGUAAAUUGAUGAAGGAAUUAUUGUUUUUAUGAAUGAAUUAGUUGAAUCAAUCAAUCAGUCACUUCGACUAUAUCUAGAUGGAAACUUCAAUAAUUCUGAAUCUUCUAUCAGAUAAUUUGAGAGAUUGUCUUGCAAAUUAAUAACUCAAUUUACAACUUUAGAAUUAGCUUUGGAAUAGUUUUUUUACAAUUCAUUGCACCCAGAAUUUGAAAAUUAAAUGAAACUGUUGGAGGAUUAUGAUUAAUCGCAAAUCGAUAAAUUACUUCAAGAAUAAAGAGAUACGAUACCCAUAUAGAUUGUCAAAAGUGUUUAGAAGUGGUUAGAAUUAAUCAUUGCUGACCAUAUUACUAUUAACCCAUUGAUUAAGUCUUGCUUAAUUCAAAUACAUAAUAUAAUUUCAUAAUCAGAAAUAGCUUUAGUUAUUCUAGAUGAAUUUGACGUUGUAAAAAAAUCUUUGAUUAUUUGUCUGAAAGUUAUGAAUAGUCAAUAACAUAAAUAUGAUAAGCUCCUAACUUUAGUGACGAUAUGCGAUAUGAUCACUGUUAAAUUUUUGAUUUCAAAAUUAGACUCAUAGCAUUUCAAUUUAAUAUUAUAACUCUAUUAGACAGUUAUUAAAGAAGAUUAGAUGAUUAUCAAUGCUUUUAAAAAUUUGAUAGCUCUCAUUUAUACAGAUAAUUCUGUUUCUGGUGAUUUCAAUAAGUUUCUGCUAUAAGAAAGCGUGACAAUCUAAUCUAGCGAUCUAAAAAUUUUAUAAAAUAAAGAUUUUAACAAAUUGAACUUAUGGAGAAAAUAAUUUGAUGAGAAUUACAAAAUUCCUAUCUAUGAAUAAAUAUCUAAAUCUACUAAAGAAUAUCCUGUCUUUCCUAUUAUUUCAGAGUGCGCAAUAUAGCAAUUACCUUAUAUGUCUGAGAUUCUAGAGAAUAGAUUGAAAAUGAUAACAAAAUAUUAUGAUGAAUAUCUUACCAAUUUGUAAUCAGAAAAAAUAAUUGAAAUAAAUAUGAAUUUAAAUUCAUAAUAUGAACCUUAGACAGAGCAAAUUUCCCUUAGGCAAUCGACAAUUGUAAAGGAAUAAUCAGACCUAGUAUUAAUAGGUGAAGAUGAAAUAUUUUCAUGA